AUGCCUCGACAGCGACCGACCUCCGGCUACGCUCGCCUGGCGCAGGCCGACGACGACGAUGGCCCGCUGGGAGACGAAGAUUCUGGAGAUGAGACAUACGCAUCCUCACCCCUAACCACCCGAUAUGCCUCGAUUCAGCCCGCCCCGCGAGAGUCGAUGCGCUCUACUGCCCACCAUGAUUCACGGAGACGAUCCAUGAGACGAGUACGAAGUAAUUCCUCGGGUGUGGACAUCAAAGCCAUCAAUGCCCGGUUGGAGAGAUGGGCAGAAGAGAUCGUGACCAAAUUCAAAAUCAGCUCCGUCAAGGGCAAGACCCAAGAGGAAGAACAACUCGAGAUACAUCAUUCCGUCUUCCAAGCUCCUGUGGGCGUACACCCUUACACCGCCUCCGAACUGGCUGCCUACACUGCUGCCGAAACGCAAAGACUGACCAAACAACAAUUCGAUGACAUCGUGGAAAGCGUCAGAGUCGCCAUCGAACUCGGGACACACCCCAAGAUGAUCUCGCAAGGGAGCUCCGGCAGCUAUUUUGCCCGCAACAGUGAAGGCACAGUUGUUGGUGUGUUCAAGCCCAAAGAUGAAGAGCCAUAUGCCUCGAGAAACCCCAAAUGGACAAAGUGGCUGCACCGAAACCUCCUUCCUUUCGCCUUUGGCCGGGCGUGCCUGAUACCCAAUCUAUCCUAUGUGUCCGAAGCCGCCGCUUAUGUUUUGGAUAGCCAGUUGAGGACAUACAUUGUCCCGUACACCGACGUCGUCUGGUUAUCCUCCAAGGUCUUUUAUUAUGAUUUCUGGGAAAGGAGAAGCACCUGGGGUGGAAAGAGAGGUCUACCAGCGAAACCUGGCAGCUUUCAGGUUUUCUUGAAAGGAUUUAAAGACGCAAACAUUUUCCUGCGCGAGAAUCCCUGGCCGGAUCAAGCAACCGAGUUCCGUGCAGACAUGGAGCAUUCACGAAAGAGAAGGCCCUUAAGCCAUUGCCUUCCUGGUGGCCGAGGUGCAGACGACGAUGACCAAGAGGCUCCUCGAGUAGUCUCUCCUCCGCCGUCAGAAGAGGCACCCAAAUUCCAUUGGACGCCUACCAUACGGCAAGCUUUUCGGGAAGAGCUGGAGAAAUUGGUCAUUCUCGAUUACAUCAUGCGAAACACUGACAGGGGCCUCGACAACUGGAUGAUCAAGAUCGACUGGAAGACGGAAGAAGUCUCGAUUGUGGCAGAACCGCCCAAACCGAACGGCGCCACCGAAAAUGGGGAUACACACCUGCGACCGGCAUCAGUAAGCCCCAACAUCAAUCCUCAACGACCGGAGUCAAAUACGUCGAGACCAUAUAAGCGGUAUGAGGCGAUGGAGAGUCGAUCAGGGACACCCUCCAACAACCACGAACUCCAAUGUUCCAUCACCAUCGGGGCCAUUGACAAUAGUCUGUCAUGGCCCUGGAAACAUCCAGAUGCCUGGCGGAGUUUCCCAUUUGGUUGGCUGUUCUUGCCCGUCUCCUUGAUAGGGCAACCAUUUUCCAAGAAGACUCGGGAUCAUUUUCUCCCUCUGCUGACUUCAACCGCUUGGUGGAGCGAAACUCAGAUGGCUCUACGCAGAGUCUUUUCGUUAGACGCGGAUUUCAAGGAAAGCAUGUUUGCCCGGCAGAUUGCUGUGAUGAAGGGGCAAGCCUGGAAUGUGGUGGAGACAUUGAAACAAGAAGAUCACGGACCUUUGGAGCUGACGAGACGGACCAGAGUAUGCGUCUGGGACGACCUGGUAGAUGUCCCUGUGGCGAUCCCAAUGCGCGUUCCCUCCACCGAGAUGAACCGCCGCGCAGCACGGCAUUAUCAACAACAAGAAGAGAUGGACAUAGGAGCAUCCUAUGCCUCUGCCCCGUCUGGCAGACACCAAGCACCCCAAUACGAUCUUCUUGGCUCUCCGACGAACGAAUUGCCCAAUGCAAACCGCUUCGACCUCACUCGUGAAGAUAGCGCGGCAGAUCUGGGCUAUCUGCCUGGUCCUGGCGAAGAUGGUGGACUUUCUAGCACUGCUCCGGGGUUUGACUCCAAUGACUUUGCUCGGGAGGCUCGCAGCAGCCUCGGCCAUCAUCCAAGCUCUUACACGCUCCCGGCUCGCCCCUCGGCGAAGGGCAAGACGCGCUUCAGCUUCGAAUUUCCCCGUCGUGGUGGCGACAGCUCUACACACAGCAACAACGUGUCCUCAAAAGAACGCGCCACGAGAAGGCAACGGUCCAUGUCAACAAGGAGUGGCUAUGGUGGCCACAAACCGAAAUCCGUUCCGAGCAUCGUUUACGAGGGAGACGAUCUGGACGAGGGAGAUUUGGGGUAUGCCGCCGCGAGUGAUAUGGACUCGACACACAGGAGGAAGGUCAUUGUGGAGAGGCUGGAAACGGUCAAGAGCAAGAAACCCUUUUUCACCUGGUGUUAA